AGACAAAAGAAAAGAAAAGAUAUCACAAACUUGCUUCUGCUUCACAACAGUGAAGCUCCACCCCCCUGACAACAGUGAACACUUGCAAAGCUCGUGAAGAGUGAAUUGAGGAUUUGGUGGAAGAAGUUGCAUACUGAGAAACAAGGAAUCGAGAGAAAGGAAGCGAAACUAUGAGCAGUGAUAGGAAAAUUGGGGUCGCCUUGGACUUCUCUAAGGGAAGCAAGAUUGCUCUCAAUUGGGCUAUUCACAAUCUUCUCCGUAACGGUGACACCCUUUUCAUCAUCCACAUCAAGCCUUCCCAAGGCGAUGAAUCCCGAAAUCUUCUCUGGUCCACCACUGGUUCACCUCUGAUCCCGUUGUCGGAGUUUCGUGAGAAGGAGGUGAUGCAUCAUUAUGAGGUGGACACUGAUGCCGAGGUUUUGGACCUACUUGACACCGCUUCUAGGCAGAUUCAGGUGACGGUGGUGGCAAAGCUAUACUGGGGUGAUGCAAGAGAGAAGAUUUGUGCAGCUGUUGGGGAUUUGAAGCUUGAUUCUUUGGUCAUGGGUAGCAGAGGCUUGGGCGCCAUACAGAGGGUAUUGUUGGGGAGCGUGACCAGCUAUGUCACCACAAAUGCGAGUUGCCCCGUAACAAUUGUGAAAGACUCUUCCCCUUCAACCAUCUGAUUCGCCACUGAAUUUGAUUGGCCUAUGCAACCUGUUCUUUCAUGUUCACCAGUGACCUGGGUGUUUCCCUCCGUUCUUGCUGCUAAUAUAUGCUUAGUAAUGAUUUGUGAAGAAUAAGGUAUAGAGUUAAGAGUCUCUUUUUAAGUGUUUGGCAAUAGCCAAAAGUGUGCCUAAUUACCAAUAAAUAAGCUUUCUGCUGGAUCUGUUUCAAACUUAGUACUGAACAUGAUGCAGUGACGUGAGAUGUUUAAUAGUUGGUUUGAUUCUCACUGUCUUUGUUGUUUCACAUAAUUAUCAACCUGUUGCUUUUGAGGGUAUUCUUACACCGUUUCCUUGAUGGAAAUUUCUCUUCCUUCUCUUAAGCUACUUUACAUACUUUGGAGAAUCACCUGUUUUUUCUUCCUCUGUUAUUUUCCCUUCUUAUAUACGGUUCACUCCCUCUCUCUAACCUGUGUUCCAAUUUCCAAAAGGGGUAAGGAUUGUUUUUUCAUGUAGCACAAGCCUCAUUUGAAUUGAAUGUAUCCUUGAAUCAUUACCCAAUAUUUAAGGUUGUGUUACUGUGUUACACAAUAUCAUUACACAGUUUUUGCCUAAGCAUUAUGUCAAGCGUUGCCAUAGAAUUUUCACUUGAAACAAAGUCGCCCGUUCUUUAUUCUUUGGAUUCAUGGGUCAUCAAUUAUUUGUACUUGCGCUAUAAUUACAUGCUAUUGAUUGAAUUAAGAAU